UAAACAGAAACCACCUGUGAUGUAACCGGCAAAUUUAAACUGAAAAAAAGCUAGAAAAAAAACUAUAAAGUUUUCUUUUUAUUAACAGAAAAAGGUAUUUUCUAGAUUUAAUGUGUGAUCAGGACGAAGAGGGCCCAACAGAUAGGCCGGAAACUUGCUGUUUGUGUCCGUACGACAAAGAGAAACUUUUCAAAAGCCUGAGCGAAAAUUUUACCGAAGUUUACAGAGAAAGUCUGGCGUCAGUUCGAAAUUUAGUGAUUCAAACGAAUAAUCCAAGUUGUGCAGACGAGAUAUUGAAUGAAGUUGUUUAUAAAACUCUGUCAGGACUGUACUUAACUGACGAUCCCAAUACCACAAUGGAGAUCAUAAAAAGAAAGAUUAGUAAUCUUCGCCUAGCUUUACAGAAUGAACUGGAUAAUGUAAAAAAGCCGAAGAAGCCACAAGAAUCAACCGGCAAUGUCUAUACUCCGGAAUUAUUACAUUAUGAUCCACUAUCAUUUAUCUCUGAUCAAAAAGAGCAAACUUAUAGAUCAAAUGAGGAUAGUGACUGUAAUUUGGCUCAAGAGGAUAGUUGUGAUGUUUUAUCUACUUCGAAACUCCUUUCAAAACAAAGUUCCUCAAGUAGACUGUCCCAAAAAGCUGAUUCUACAGAAGUUAAAACUAAGACAAUACAAAGUUUGACUGAAAAAAAUAAGAAUAAACAAGAAGAGAGCGCAAAGACUGAACAACUAGACUGCAACGAAGACUUGAUUAUAACUGGAAAAUAUAUUGUAAACAAAUUAAAGGGCUUAUCCAAGGAUAAACUGGUUUUAGCUGAGAAACUGAUAAUGGAUGUUCUUUUUACAGCGGAAAUGGGAACAUUAAGUAUUCAUAGCAGGAUUGUACACGGCGAGCCAAAUGUACAAGAUCUCAAACCUUCAAAAAAGGGUAAAAAAUAGCCAAAACGGGAAUUUUGCAGUAUUUUUUGAGGUUUUUUUUGUGGGUGUUACCAGAAUAUUUUGAGUUGGUAUUUAGAUUUAAAUUUAUAUUUUUUUUCCUAGAGAUUUUAUUGAUUUCUUUGAUAAAACAUGUACUGAAUUUGACUAUUUUUUUUAAAUUUAAGGAAUUUAUUACUUGAUCUUAGAGUACGAAGUUAUUAAUAUUUGACUGAAACUGAUAUAUUUUGUUGUUGAAUUAUUUUUUUUUACUUUUUAUAUAGACAUUUAUAGAGUUAUUGUUUUUGAUGUUGUUAUGUAUAGAGAAUAAAUAUAUUUUUUCAAAAAAUCAAACAAUAAAAGGUGUUCCAUAAGUAAGCUUAAAAUGUAUAUAUUGUCUUAUGAUUAAAAUGUGGUAUUAUCGA